CGCCUGGUUUCGGUUACAGUCAGAGGCUCGCGCUGCCGAGAGCACACGCACGCACGCGCUUCAGCUUUAAUCCCAGCCCGAGAGCGGCGCGCGCAGAACGCAAGUCGCGGCGGAGGAGCCGAGCGGACCGGCACUCAGCAAGCCUGUGCAGUCAAACAGCCGAGCGGCGGACAGAAAGAAAUAGAUAUAUAUUUGUAAAGUUCGUCGGAAGACAGUUCUCCUGUGUCGGGCAGGACUCGGUGCUGCUGUGUGAGAAGGAGAAGCCUGUGAGUUGCGCCGCGGGUUACAGACAGCAUGCUGCGGGACCCCGGGUCGAGCUCAGCGGCGGCGGUGCUGCUGCUCUUCCUCCUCCUCCUCUCUGGCCCAGGCUUAUGGGCUCAGAAGGUGAAGGUGGAGCCAGAAGUGGUGUCCUAUCCGGGUCAGACGGUGAUUCUGCGCUGUCAGUUUCCUGACCCAGGCCAGACCCAGCUCACUCAGGUGUCUUGGAUCUUAGAAACGAGCUCUGGCGCUCGGACCAACAUUGCAGUAUUUCAUCCAGAGUUCGGGCUCAGUUACCCGCCAUCCCCUGUACAUGGGCGUGUGAGUUUCAUGAUCCAACCCCCCUCUCUGGAAAAUCCAACUAUUCAGAUCACAGACAUUGCUCUGACCGAUGAGGGGAAUUACAUCUGUGAGUACGCCGCAUACCCCACCGGGAACGAGAAGGGGGUAACCUCACUCAUCAUAUUAGCCAAGCCCGUGAACUCGGCCUCCACCAUCACUGUGCCUGCUGGCAAGUCUCCUGUCGCCGUAGCGCGGUGCGAGUCAGCCAACGGACGUCCACCCGCAACCAUCACCUGGGCGACCGCUCUGAGCGGCAACGGCUCGGCACCCGUCAAAACGGACAACUCGGACAACACCGUGACGGUGCGUAGCGAGUACUUUCUCACGCCCACGCCGGCUGAUAACGGCAAGGAGAUCAGCUGCAUCGUGUCGCAUCGCACACUGACCAGACCCGAGAGCUUCGCCAUGAAACUAGCGAUCCAAUAUCCUCCUAAGGUGCAGAUUGUUGGAUAUGACAAUAACUGGUACAUGGGCCGGAAAAAUGUGGUGUUGACCUGCCAGUUUCAGGGGAACCCUGUUCCUUCCAGCGUGAACUGGAAAAUGAGCUCAGGCUUUAUCCCAGAUUCAGUGGAGGUGGCUGAGAAUAAACUGACCGUACGGAAGGUGGACGAAAACGUAAACACCACGAUUAUCUGCGAGGUAACCAACACCCUCGGCACCGGCAAGGACCAGGUCGCGGUGUUCGUCAGGGAAGCACCCAUGCCUCCCUCCAAUGCGGGUGUAGUAGCGGGCGCAGUCAUCGGCAGCUUCCUGGCCCUCCUGUUGGUCGGGGCCCUCGUUGGCGUCUUGAUAAACCGCAGCCGCCGGCAACAGCAGGGUUACCGGGGCAACAGCAAGGGCAACUCCGCCCCCUAUGACUCAGUGGCACGUCUCUUCGGCUCCUCAGGCAGCAAGAACGGCACAGGCAGUCACGGCAACAAUAACGCGCCCAUCUACAAGGGGGACGUGGGGCUCUCUGAGAAAGCAGGAAAUAUCGGGCUGCACCAGGGGGGCGUGGCCUUGGUGGAAAACGCACCCACGGCGCAGGACAUCCUGCUGAGCGGCGAGCUGGACGAGGCCGAGCGCCGGAAGUUCGACGAGCUGGAGGACGAGGACGAACGUUACGACCAGUUCAGUGGCAGCGGCCCGAUCCUGCAGCUCCGCCCACAUGACGAGGACCCCAACUCCGCCUACCUGGACGACGACAUGGAGUCGCAGAGAGAUGGCUCGAUCAUCUCCCGGACCGCUGUCUAUGUGUGAGAGUGGAAGAAAGGGAAAGGAAGAGAGGGAGAAAGAGAACAAGCCGGGUAAAACGAGGACUGGAGUGGACCUGCUCCCAAAGGAUUUUUUUUUCUUUCCCCCUUUGUUUUAAGAUUAUUAAUUUUAGUUCUCAGAUAUUAUUAAAAAAAAAAAUAACACACCAGAGAGAGACAGAAUUGGAUGGAUGGAUGGAUGGAUGGAUGGAUUAAUAAAACAAAUGAAGGACUGGACAGAGAGCAGAAACAUAAAUAAGAGGUUUAUACAGUACUUCCUAUUUACAGCAAUGGUUGUCAUGGAGACAAUGUCUGAGAGAAAGGCGAGACUUUAAAUGUGCACACAUCAUUAUCCAAAACACGCGCGCACAAUCUCUCUCUCUCUCUCUCUCUCUCUCUCUCUCUCACUGAAACACCAAGGUUAUGUUUGAAUCCACAUUGUGCUUUAGUGGAUGUCUGUAAUCAGGGUUUGGUCAGAAUGAUUAAUCUCCUUCUUCGUCGUCAUCUUCUGCUGUGGGACCGUGGAGCAAGUCUGCUACGUCUCUUGUGACCUUGCUUCUCUCUCUCUCUCUCUCUCUCUCUCUCUCUCUCCCUUUCUCUUGCUCUGUCUCUCUGGCCCACUAUAUCCUGUCAGCUAGAUGAUUGGAGGUUGGACCCUGGACAUACUCCCCCGGUGAAGUGUUCUGUCAUAAGCAGCACUUCUUACAUGAUUGGACGCACACAUCAAAGUCUUCGUUUUGUCCCCUGCACUUAGGUACAGUACAUGAAGGAAAGCAGCAAUUAAGGCUCGACUCAACAAAUGGCUGUUUUAAAACAUCACGGGGGGGGUUAUUACGCGGUUUGAAUACACCGGCUAAUAUCAGAUGAGUGUGCCCUUAUUAAAUUGAUCAAAGCGUCAUAAUAAAUUUAUCAGCCUUUAAGACUUUGUUACAGUUUGGGAUCUCGCCAUAUUGCAUCAGAGACAGUUUGCACGUUCUGUUUUUGCUCUCCUCCUCCUCCUCGGAAGGAUGCACUGCUUCAGUAUGGUCCCAAAUGAGGAUCCUGAAAAUAAAUUGAAGUCGUAAGGACAAGGAGGAGAAACGCUGCCUCUUCCUGAAGGCAACCUAGAAGUACUGAUGUUUUAGAAAGCGUGCGCGCUAAACAUAGAUUAAAUCAUUGGGCCGAUUACCUGCUCAUGCCUAAUUGAGACAGAUUACGUUAUACGCCUUUUCUAAUUAGUCCAUUAAUCUCAAUUUUAUUCGAAAAGAAUUGUUUGGGUUUUUUAGCAUUGCGUAACUGUACUGUCGGACAUCCAGCCUCCGCUAAAGUCGUCUUAACGUGCGGAUCAUGUUUAAACGGUCGUGUCAGCGAGGCCACGUUUUCCUGUUCCUGAUCACCACCUAAAUCUCUCUUAAUUAGUCCCAAGUGAUUCACCUUUAGUGAUUUCGUUCCAUUUAUAGCGCCACGCUGCUCAAGCACUCCCCAUUAAUCACGAGCAGCGAGUCAUUUUGUGUUUGCUUUAUUUAGGAUCUCUAAUUAACCCCUAAAUCACUGAAUGAAAGGAUGGCUGGACGGAUGAAUGAACUUGCUCCGAAAGAACCAUUUGACACACGUGAGCUGGAAGAAGCGCUUCCUUACCAGCCCAGGAUCCGAGACUCUAAUAAACUCGACGCACACAAACCCUUGACCUUCCAUCUCUGCGCAUGGAGAUGUAAUUAAUAGAGAAAAUAAUUACAGCUGCAUCGAGCUCUAAUCUCUAAUUGUACAAAGCUAAUUAAUCAACUCCAUAUUUCUAAAUGUGCAGGUCCUAAUUGGUUGCCAUGGCCGCAUGGUUAAAUAUAUCAUCUGUUCUCUCACAGUGGGGGGUUUUGUAUUCCUUUCUCCUAAUCAGUUCUUUUUUUUCAUUUAUCACUUUUUUUUUUUUUUGUCACUUUGGUCUGAAGGCGGGUGCUAUUCAUAGAGAGAGAGGGGGGGAGAGAACGUGUGAUGAAAUUAAUUGUUGAGAGAGAGAGGGUGUGUGUGUAUAUACAUAUAUUUUUUGGUGUAAGGUGUCUGCAACAUAUGUACACAAUUUAUUUUUCUUAAACAAAUGUGAUAAAUGUCCAAACAUCUAUUGUAAAUAGGAAAUUAGAUGGACCACUGCUUCGUAUGUGUUUCAUCCACAGAUCUGCCUAAAGUGCAUGGCACUAAAUCGUCAUCGCGACACAAAGUAUUUUUAAAUCUAUCUGUUAAAGAGCUAUAUCAAUGGGCGAUGUGUUCUCUCUCACUCUCUCUCACACACACACACACGCAUACACUUGUGUACUGUAGACACCUAUUUUUAUUGAGCGGUGAAGUCUUUCACCUAUAGAGACCCAUUUUAGUGAGCGAGGCAACCUCAUUCUCACACACACACACACACACACACGUGUAUAGAGAGCCACAUUUCCACCUGAUUUUGUGUACAUGCGAGUCAGCGUGUUAAACUGUGUCUGACUCAAGAGUAGUAAUUUCCUCCGGGGUCUUGGACUCGCGUACACAGAGUAAUUUAAACUGGGCAUCAUGCAUAUACAGUCCUGUAAAUUAGUCAUCCCUGCUGCUCUUGGAUCUCCAAGAACGUCCGUGAGCGAGCGAGAGCAAAGCAUGCUGGGUAAAGUAGUUUUGAGUUUCCACAGCAGGAUCAGGUUCAGUUCAGUCAUCAUGAGGCUGCACUGCACGUCAGCCCUGCCAAAGGGAAUCGGUGCUCUGCUGCUGCGGGCUUCAGCCUGCCCACUGCUAAUUAGCAGAGAACACAUCGACCUUGCAGCGCUGCUCAGGCUCCUCAAGAAGCAGAGCAGCUAAGGACGGCACACGUGGAGAAUAUUAAGGAAGAGGCGUAACCUCUGCGCUAGGAGCGUUCGAUGAAAUUCGAGUUUCUUAGCUCAUAAGUUUCAUUGCCACAGCUCGCCAUCCCUUCGUCCUUCACGCAGACGUUGCCGUCCACUUUUCCUUCUUCUUCUUCUGUUUUUAAACCUGUGUGAUUUAGAAUCGAAGCCUUAAAUGUCACCUGACCAAACCUGUCUCUCUGUACAUAGUAUAAAUAUUAUAAAUAUGAUCAUGUGAUGAAGAAAAAUAAGGUUGAAUAAUUGUCGCUUUUUUGUGUACAUAUAUACAUAUUGGAAGCAUGAAGGACCUUUUAAUUUCCUCAGUUUUGAAAAACUUGAUUUUAACAGCUUUUUUUUUUCUUUCUUUUUUCCCUCCUCCUCCCAACCGUCUCGUCGGUGCUCAGUCAGUGCUUUAUUGUUGCGUUUUGAAUUUGUGCUAUGAUGCUUAGAAUAAUUCAUGAUUCUGCCGUGGCCUGUUGGAGAACAUUUUCUGACGCUUUUCCAUCAUCACUAAACUCAUGUUUUAGGAUUUAUUUUAGGGUUGCCAGUCUUUGUAAUGUAUUUUUUUUUUAAAUUUGGUUUGUAAUUAAAGUAUCUAAAAAAAUAA